CCGCCGGGGACACGGACCCGGAGGACAGGGGACGGUGGCCGGGUGGCACCGCGCGGUGCCGGCAGUGGCUCCCGUCGGGGCGGGGCCGCACCCCGCUUCGCGCUGCCGUGUCCCUCGCGGCGCCCCGUCGGGAUGGUCACGUGGGCGCACCUGGCCCAGGUGGGGCGGGGCCGGCGCCGCUCCCAGCUCGCAGGAAACCCCAUCCACUGAACAAUGAAGAUCUUAGACCCAGGCUAACGCUGAGGAAGCACGGACCGCUCGCAGCUCCCGCACCGCUCUCCCAGGGCAGAUGCUCGAGUCCUCGGCAAGGAUCUUCUCCAUUCCACUCGGGCUCCUGUUAGAGAAGAGGAACAGCUGCCAGCUGCCCCGUGCCUGAGCGGUGAGCCAUGCUGGGCCGAAAAGCAGGACCCCCCCACAGCCUGAACAGCCACCGCCAGAAAAACCAGUCCUACCAGGAGGCUGUGCCCCCGAGGAGCCGACCAUCCAAGGAAGCCGAGCUCGGUCUGGAGGUGUUUGGUGGCUUGACUCCUGAAAUCAAACAGAGCCGCAGCAGGGCCCAGCAGAUGCGGGACAGGAAAGGUCGCAAAGCUGACCUCAAAGAUUCUAAUGGGAGAGAGGCAGAAACCAUUACCUUCAUCUCUGGUACAGCAGAGGCUCCCGCAAACCAGAGCUUCUGCUGUUCCUCUCUGUCUCAUGUUUGGAAAACGUACAAAGCUGUUUUCUGUUGCAUAGUGACCUGUGGGGGCUGCUUUCAGGACUGCAGCGUCUGCAUCCCCUAUCCAGGCCCUGCUGAGACCUCCACCGACGAUGGAAAGAACGGAGAUUAUAACGGGCGGCUGCCAAACAGCCCUGCCAACGUCUCUCCCACCGAGAAGAAUGGGAACCAGAUCAAAAAAUCCCACAUGGGCAGCAGUUUCAGUUACCCAGAUGUCAAACUGAAGGGCAUUCCUGUCUAUCAGAACAGGAGCCUGGGCCACCAUCUGGAAUCGGAUUCGUGCUUCAAAGAGCUGCUGCCAGAGAAGCCCUUCAGGAACAGCAUAGAAAAGCCACCGCUCCCUAGCAGCCACCGGAGUUCAGAGGAGUAUUAUUCCUUCCACGAGUCUGACCUGGAUAUCAGCGAGCUGAAUGGCUCCAUGUCCAGCAGGGAGAUCGACGUCCUGAUCUUCAAGAAGCUGACGGAGCUCUUCAGCGUCCACCAGAUCGAUGAGCUGGCCAAGUGCACGUCAGACACUGUCUUCCUGGAGAAGACCAACAAGAUCUCGGACCUCAUCAACAGCAUAACUCAGGACUACAACCUGGAUGAGCAGGAUGCUGAAUGCAGGCUGGUCCGAGGCAUCAUACGUAUCAGCACCCGGAAAAGCAGAGUCCGGCCCCAUAUUUCUGUCCCAGCCAGCCAGAGCCACGAAGAGAAGUCCAGCAGAGGCAACGCACCAGACAGUGGGAAUGAAACGAUGCUGGAGUCCACGGUCAUCAGCCAAGACGAUUUGGCCGUGCAAAUAUCAGAGGAAACGCCAGCAGAUGUGCUAGCCAGGAAUAUGAGGCGGCACAGCAGCGCAGGCUCUCCAACAAGCAGAGAUUCCUCUUUCCAAGACACAGAGACUGACUCAUCUGGAGCACCUCUGCUUCAGGUGUAUUGUUAAGAACAAGGACCCAAACAGCAGGCAGGCAUUGCAAGGCUUUGCUGCAGAUUUCUCCUCUUUCCAUAUGGAGCAUAUUAUGUCACUUUUUUUUUUUUCCCCAGUCUACCCACAUCCUUUGUUGAAGCCGAAGUUCUCCUUCUGUCUGAGUUUCACUGGGAAUUUUUUUUUUUUCUUUGGACAAUAUAGAACAUUAAGGAAGCGAACUGUGGAGCUAAUGCACUUGGGAGGUGGAAUGUGUGCCCAGGGAGGAGGAGAUGGACAAGGAAGUACUCGAUGACUUUAUUUCCAAUCUUCGCGUUUAGCUUCAGCAAUCUCAGUGACCCAGCUCCUUCCCUGCUUUGAGAAUUUGCUGUACAUUUCUUGCUUGCUGGCACUGCAUAAGUUAACGUGGGGAGGGGAUAAUCAGAUGGUGUCUGUGUUUGUGACAGCGCUGAGGCGAAGGCCGGGCACCUGCUCUCUAAGGACCCAGAUCUCUGUGUAAAGAGUCUGGGUUGGUGGCCCCAGAAAUACAAGUCCUCUAUCCAUGGCGUUGCAGCUGUGCCUUCUUCCCGCUGCCCUUAGUGUCGUUUCCCGUUGCCUUGUAAGGAGAAGGUUCAGGUAAUGUGGUUUAUUUCAACUUUGGCCUCUUGGCCCCUCUCCCGAGAUCGUGCCAACUGCAGGGAGGCGAGGUGCCUGAAGUGCUGCCCUGCUCAUCUCCCAGCUCCUGCCAGUCUGAUGUGAGCUACCAGGGUGAGCUGCACACAUUGUGUGUGACCUGUGGCUUGCAUGCCAGUCUGCUCUCCUCACUCACCCGCCAAGCCCUCUGCAUUUCCCCAUCGUGCUUGUUGUCAGGCUGGCUGCUGGGGCAGUCCUGGCACUUGGAUUACAGCAGGUAGCUGACACAAUCCCUUCAUUUUUAGUUUGUUUUUUUUUUUUCUAAUGAAGAAUUGGACUGUUUGACUGCUCUGCCAGAAAAUCCCUUCCAAGUGGCUGGCUUUGAAGCAAAGCCUCCUCGGAGAGCAUCUCCAAAGGGUCUGCAAGGAGCUGCUUGAUGCUACGUAUCCCCACGAGCGCUCAGCACCUUCCCUUUCCCUUUGCUCUUCUUUCACAGCCAGUUGCAGCUGUGGCAUUGCUACCCCAAGGGCACGGAGCCAGACGACCUUGAGGGCUGCAGUGCUGCAGCAGGAGGAAGCUUUAUCUCGCUGGUGUUGCCACUUGGUUGUUUAUCAGAAAGUAAACACGUGAGGCCAUGGCACUUGUUUAUACGUUCAGGUGCCCUUGGACGUGACUAGAAAAUGUUCGGCUGGAUUUCCCAUCAACGGAAUCAACACACCCACUGGUUUCUGGGGAGGGGGAAGCCGAAGUAGGUCCUGUGCUUUGGUGUGGUCCGUGUUUGUGUGCCUUAAUUGAACUGAAAUGUGCCUUAAUUGAACUGAAAUGUACCUUAAUUGAAUUGAAACGUGCCUUGAGUUCAGAGCCUGUGAUUAUUCUCCCAAAGGUUGGGUAGGGGGGAGAGCAUUAAGUUCUUUACAGAAGCAGGCGAGCUUAUUUAACUGGCCAAAGCCCUUUGAAAUGUACAGUUCAGGUCCCAGUCAGAGCCUGUUUUCGUAAACUGCUCGCAUUUCCCAGCGUGAUUUCAUGAAUCAUGGACAUUGCUGAGACCACACCUUGAGACACUGACUGAGAUAUUGGUAAUAAAGGGGUCUGAGACAUUGGUUGGGCAUCCCCUCCCAGCGUUGUCAUCAGUGCUGCCUGUGAAAAACCCUCCAUGCAAAGAAGAGACGUGAAGCAAGGGCAGCGUGGGGCUCGGACGGGCUGUGUUCAGCGACCUCCUUCACAAUGCCACGUGGAUCCACUCGGCUUUCUGCUCCCGAGUGGAUUUGUCCAGACCCACUGGGCCAAGUUUCCUUCCACCUGUGCGCCAGGGUAGCAGCCCCAAACACGGGGCUCGGCGCGUUGUGGAGACCAGGGGCGAGAAUGAACUUGCAAAGAGCUGCCAGCUGCUACUCCGGAUGCAGUGGCACUUCUUUAUGUUCAGUCUGCGUAUCGUGAGCGAAUGCGUAUGGAUCAAGCUUGCAAAACACACCCAAAAAGCCAAGUCAUCGAGUGGAACGCUGUCCAUCCGCUGGCCCAUGGAGCUGGUGCACCUGCAGUGUCUUAUGGGAUUCUUCUGCAUUCCUCCCCCUUGACAUCUGAUUCAGUCUAGUUUGUUUUUUUUAAUAUAAAGCGGGAGACGUGCUCUUUA